AUGAGUCCUUCCUGCAAGUCUACAAAAGUCCCUCGUCAACUAUUCGCAUGGGCCACUAACCUACCAGAUUUGGGGUGCGGGAAGUGUCGAACUGGAUAUCAACAACAGUGCGGUGAACUAAGCCAGCAGCUGAGGACAGCUUCACUCCUGAGGAGGAGGCAGUUUGGCGUCGGAUCAGGGCGCAGACAUGUUGGACCCCCUGGCCUCACCCAAUCCUGUGUCUCUGCGUUCCAAUGGCUUGCAAGGAAGAUAAGUAGCCAACCAGAGAAGGACACGACUGAGGAGCAGUAUAUAAUGAGCGGCGUCACGAGCGUGGUGGACUAG